AUGGUCGGAUCCGCUGGCCGGGGCAAAGAGUCUGCAGAACAAGUCGAGGCGGGAGUUGUAGUGGUGGAAGUUGACGUCGAGGUAGAGGUCGAGGUCGAAGUUGAGGUAGAAGUGGAAGACGUCGUCGUUGAUUCUGAAGUCGUCGAGGUGCCGGUAGAAGAAGCCGUGGCAGAAGUGCUACUUAUUGAUGUGGUGUCACUGGUUGAGCUCGUAGUCAGAGUUGGAUCGCUGGGCUGA